AUGGGGCAGCUGGAGUGCGCCGCUCUGCUGGUGGACGCCGGGGCAAGCCUUGAGGCAAGGAACAACCAAGGCGCGACGCCACUGCUCAUGGCAGCCACUCAAGGAAGGGACACGGUGCUGAGGGAGCUGCUCGCUCGGGGAGCGGAUGCGACGGCCUCGGACAGCUACGGUAGGACGGCGCUGCACCUGGCGGCCGAGGGGGACCACGCGGAGUGCGUCAGGGCGCUGCUGGAGGUACUGAAGAGGGGCGACCGCGAGCGCGCCACCCAGGGGGGCGCGACCGCCCUGCUGGCGGCGGCGGCGGCCGGCAGCCGCGCAGUAAGUCCUCCCCACCUGCUGCGCACUGCUGCUCUGCGCUCCCCGGCACACUGUGCAGUUAGCGUCUAG